AUGGAUAAAAACAUUGGUGAGCAACUCCAUAAAGUGUGUGAAGCCUACCCAAAGGCAUGCAUGGAGGGAGAUACUGCAGUAAAAGAAUUACAGCAAAAGACUGAAAACUAUGAGCAGAGAAUACGUGAGCAACAGGAACAGCUAGCUGUCACUUUUACUGACAAGCUGAAAUCGAAGUUACUUCUGAUGAAUUCCAGUCAAGAUAAGAGUUACAGCUAUGGUCCUCUGCUUGACGAUGGUGAAACAAGGAAAAAUGUUCUGGCUCUUGGUCGGCCACGUGAUAAAGUGAAAUCAGGGAUACCAAAAGAAGAAUAA